AUGGGGAGCCUCAGCAGAUCUGAUGUAGGGAGCCUGUGUCCCUGAAAUGGGGGAGAGUGGUCUCUGCUCUUUAGCAUGGCUUCUACACCUCUUUCUCCAGGGCCCCAGAUCUCCCUUUCUUUACUUUUUCAGGCCAAGGGGUGAUGACAGUUCCACUGUUACUAGCCCUCAGUGACUGCACUAUCCCUUGUGCCUUCCUUCCCUCAUUCAUACUUCUGCAAAUCACCCCUUUAUUAAAUCAUCCUCAACUCAGUAGAAGUGUGCCAUCUAUAUCCUGUUGGGGUGGUAUAACUGCAUGACAAGAACUUCAGAGGAGCUGGAGUUUUUGAAAGAAGGAGAAAUAGUUUGGAAGCAGGGAUGUGGACCAAGAGUUAUCGCAUCUCCCGUGGGUAUGUGAGAAACAAAUGGCCUCCAUUUGAGAGACCUAUUAAGGAGCAAGUCUUCAGCUUCUGCAGGGAAGUAGAGAAAUCAUUCAAAAUGAAGUUGAAGAUACAGGGGAGGUUUGCAGGUGACAGAAUAGGAGAUCCAGAGUAUGUCGUGAAAGGGUUUGAAGGACGGUGAGGAAUGAGAGUUGGGUCAGAUUAGGGGAUUUUAAAGGUAACCAUGGAGAUAAGAAUCAGGAUGAUAAUGGCUAGUCUGGGAGGCUUCAGGGGCUUGGAAUAAAUAGGGAUGAGGGCAGCCUCUCAGUUCAUUUCAGUUCAACUCUUUGAGUACCUAGUAUGUACAGCUCACUGGGGUAGGUCCUGGUGUACAGUGGUAAGGCAGUAACAGUUAAUACCCUAGCAGUGACUCAACAAUGAGCCUGACUAUGUGAAUUGCAUACCUCUUAACAGGCCCUCCUAGAGAAAAGCUACCCAACCCUUGCUUUCAUGGGCUGCCUUGGAGUGUGGGCCACUAGGGACCCUGGCAUGUAGGCACCUUUCUAACAGAGGUCAACAACCUUCAGUCCUAAUGAAGGCAGUAAAGUACAGAUAAAGACUGAAGCUCUUCAAGAGCCAGGAACACCACUUUGGUCAGCAUUAUGUGUGCCUGUGAAAAGGUGAGGAAGUUGAGGCUUUACCACGCUAACUCAUCACGGCUGCUGCUUCUUUAAUUUGACUUCCUGUGGAUAUACUGUGGCCGUCUAGAGGCCUCAGGAAUAUGGUGAUGUUACCUAGGGAGGGUACUUACUGCAGAAAACAUCUUACAUUAAGAAGAAGAGGAUAAGAAGAACGAAAUAUGCAGAUGUGCUACUUAAAGGUUGAAGAAAUAUGGACACCAACACCAAACUGGUCUUCAACAGUGUUAUUACCAGUUUUUUCACCUUUCAGCUUCUUUUCUACUUUAUAAGUUUCUGGUUUUCAGCAAAAGUUUCUCCAGGUUUUAAUAGUCUCAGCUAUGAGAAGAAGAUUGAAUGGAACUCAAGGGUAGGAUCUACAUGCCAUUCUUUGGUGGUUGGGCUUUUCGGCCUAUACAUUUUGUUUUUUGAUGAGGUUGCAAAGGCUGAUCCACUCUGGGGUGAUUCAUCGCUUGUGAAAGUGAAUAUCUCUAUUGCUACAGGCUACCUCAUUUCUGAUUUGUUGAUUCUCAUUUUGUAUUGGAAAGUGAUUGGUGACAAAUAUUUUAUAAUUCACCAUUGUGCAGCGCUGUAUGCAUACUACUUUGUACUGAGGGAUGGAGUCCUGGCAUACAUUGGGAAUUUUCGCCUGCUUGCAGAACUUUCCAGCCCUUUUGUGAAUCAGCGGUGGUUCUUUGAAGCUCUGAAGUAUCCUAAGUUUUCCAAGGCUAACGUCAUCAAUGGAAUACUCAUGACAGUGGUGUUCUUCAUCGUACGGAUUGUCCCAAUACCUCCUUUUUAUAGUUACAUAUAUUCCUUGUUAGGAACAGAAGCCUACAUAAGGCUUGGAUUUUUAAUCCAAUGUUCCUGGAUCUCUACUUGUGUUGUUUUGGAUGUGAUGAAUGUCAUGUGGAUGAUCAAAAUUACAAAGGGUUGCAUCAAAGUCAUCUCUCUCAUCAGACAAGAGAAAGCCAAAAGUAGUCUGCAGAAUGGAAAACUUGACUAAAGGUGGGCUACUGAUAAACAAACUUCCUUACUACCCACAUUAUAUCUACUGAUAGGAUGAAUUCUUGGCAUGUUCUAGUACUUCUUAUUAAUUAUAUUUGUUAACGAGGGUUUCAGUGCUCUUUUUUUUAAUCUUUAGAAAAGAGAAACUAAAACUUAGUUUUUAUUCCA